AUGGCUUCACCACGCUUCGACGGAUCGCCUGAACAGGCAGCACUCGACGUACACAGUAAGCGUUUCUUUGGUAUGCGGAUUUCAAGGUUAAUGGUACUCUUCAAGUUGGAAGGUAUUUCAAAGGCUCGAGUCAGACUGUGGCGAUUACGAAAGCGUGGUUAUGGUGAAGCUAACCGACGAGAUUGUUGCGGCCCUUAUGCAAGCUCAAGAAAAGGGCUUCAGAUUCGGGUUCAUAUUGAUGAGCAGGGUGGUAAAUGGGAACUCGGCGAUCCAGCCAAUGGAGGACGAGUUUUCCGUUAUCAACAGCAAGCCUUACCAGGUCCACCUACCGAUGCUGUCGUCCAUGAUCCAAGGACCGGAACACAUCGAGCCGUCGCUGCUUUUCGUAGUAAAUAUCAGGUGAUUUUCAUGGUUUUUACUGUUGCUGAAGCAUUUUAUUGUUUUUUACUAUCCUGA